GAGAGCGAGAGAGAGAGAGAGAGAGAGAGAGAGAGAGAGAGCGAGAGAGAGAAAAAGAAAGAAGCGCUGGAGGAGGAAACGAGGAGGCGCAGCGACGACGGACGAGCCAAGUGCCGAAGAUGAGCUUGAUGUCUGCCAUAGACACGAGCGCCUCCGUGUACCAGCCCGCACAGCUCCUCAACUGGGUCUAUCUGUCCCUGCAGGACACACACCAGACGAGCGCCUUCGACGCCUUCCGGCCCGAGUCCGGCUCCUCGCACCCGGAGCUGAGCUUCUCCACCAAGGCUGCACCGGCCGCCGAGCUCGGCUCCUCUCUGAGCUCCAGCUAUCUCAACAGCUUCUUCCAGCUGCACAGGAACGAGGCCUUGAACAACAGCUUGUACAAAAGUGCUUCCCCUUACGGCUCCCUCAACAAUAUCGUGGAUGGACUGAACUCGCUGACGGACCACUUCUCGGACCUUUCCCUGUCCUCCGAGCCGCGGAAGCCGAGCAAAAGGCCCCCGCCCAACUACCUGUGCCACCUGUGCUUCAACAAGGGACACUACAUCAAGGACUGCCCCCAGGCUCGGCCCAAGGGGGAGGGUCUCACUCCGUAUCAAGGGAAGAAGAGGUGCUUUGGCGAGUACAAAUGCCCCAAAUGCAAGAGGAAGUGGAUGAGCGGAAACUCCUGGGCCAACAUGGGACAAGAGUGUAUCAAGUGCCACAUCAACGUUUACCCGCACAAGCAGCGUCCUUUGGAGAAGCCCGACGGACUGGACGUGUCGGACCAGAGCAAGGAACACCCUCAACACUUGUGUGAAAAAUGCAAAGUCCUUGGCUACUACUGCCGUCGCGUGCAAUAAUCCCAGAGCAGAAGGGCUCCCCAGCUUAUCCCGCCUUUUCCGCAGCCAUUCACAGGUUUACCCGCAAAGUGCUCUUUACGUAGUGAAACUUGCCAAAUUUGAUAUGUAUAUAUUUUAAUUGCUAACAGGCCUUAAAACAUCAAUAUUCUGAAAUGUUUUUUUUUUUUUUUGUUUGUUUCCUUUUUCUGUGUGUCUGUAUAACUGAAAACAUGUUUUAACACUAUCACUGACAGUAUUGCUGCCCGUAUCAGUUGCAAUGGAUUACCUCACUGUGGGGUCUAUUGACUUUGUUUACAUAAUUCUUUUUCAUGUUUUUUCCCUGCCAAGUGAAAUAUGUGGAUGUGCUGAGUAUUCUUAAAUUUUUAUUUUUGCUAAUAAUUUAAUAAGGCUUUUAAUGCCGUUCGUUGUUCAGUGGGUCAGCAGCACAUCUUAUCAACUGUGAAUUAACUGAGGGAUUAUGAAGAAAGUAUCCCUGUCUUGUACGUUAUCUUUGUAUUUAUUACUGGAGUCCUACCGUGUCGUCGUCGUAGGCUGUCGUUAGGUUUUGUAUUGUGCAAUCGUAUUAUUUUAACUGGGACGUAUACAAGUAUUGUAACUAUUUCCGUACAUCCUUAGAAACUACUGUAGAUUCUGUCGUAAUGCUAUGAGAUUUUAGUCAGUGUUAGUGUGCUUGGAAAUAGUUCUGUAAUAUUUUUUAAUUAUGUAGUACACUCAUGUAUUUCCUUGUAUCCACUGAACCUUGAAAUAUACGCGCAGUUAAUUUAUAUAUUAGAUAUCAAUUCAUGAAAAAGCUGUUAAUGGGAAAAGCUGCUGUGCAAUAUUUCAUUUUAGAACUGAACAGCACAGUGCUACCAUAUAGCCAAACUCCUUUUAGUCAUAAUGGAGAAAUUGUAUUUUUAUAUCGAUUUACAACAUUAUCUUAGUGUUAUAUUUAAUGAAGAGCAGGCAGCAUGUAAAGAACUCACAGCUUGGGGUUGGGCUUUGGGUGAAGCUGUAGCCCUGAGCCCAACUCAGAGCUCUUAGAUCUGGACAAAGUGACGUUUCUCUAUCUGUGUCGUAAAUUAGACUCAACGAAGGAGGGGUGUCAAAGAGCAUCGACCCCGACCCCGACCCCGACCCCAACCACCGACCACCCCCUCAGAGAGAAAGCUGCAUUUGCGACUCGUAUACCUGUGAUUCCGGCCCAUCUACUUAUACAAAAGGUUGCGCUGGCAAACACAACACUCGUAUUUGAAUCUAUAUCCGAUGUUUUCGAACCUUCUUUGUACAUUUACGUGCUCGAGUGAGUACGCUGGCCCGUAGGAGAAACGGCUCAUUUUCUUCACUUUCCAUCAGCAGAUGUAGACUCAGAGACAGGGAACGGAUGAAAACUGCAGUGCUUUGAAGCGGUGCUUUCAACGUUACACGGUUGUGUUAUUGUUUUUACUCAGGUCAACUGUACUGUUCAAGUAGGAAGCUGUCAGGUAUAGACACACGACCCCGAAGCACAAACGUUCGGCCACAUUCGGCGCACGGCUCGUCCUUGUUUGGACCCGUCAAGAAAUGAAAGCGCAAACAUUCUUUGAAAGUCACUGCGGUUCAAACCCGACUUCCCAUCGUCACGGUUAGUGGGGAAUUUGAAUCCUGAAUUGAAAAGGUUUCAUUCAAUGGCUUCAUAUUUUGAUUAUGACAAGUUAUACCUCAUUUGUGAACGAGCUGAAGUCCAGUUUUGUGUAUUUGAACAGUAUCCUUUUACAGCUGCGUAUGAAAUCUACGAGCUGCCAAAAGGCAGAUGAGAAUUGCCUUCACCAAAUUCAUCCGAAUCAUAAUUUCUCCUUAAGUCAAUAACUAUAACAAGUGAAGUGCGGUUCGCUCACCGCUAUGUAAGCAAUGAGUAAGAGUCCACCUCGAGUGCCUUCGGAGGGCUUUGCCUGCAGCAGACACUACGCCUCCACCUUCAGUCCAUAGUGUCUCACUGAGUGCAGAACAUCUAAUACUGGAGGUGAUUCUGCUGCCUAACCACCAAGUGGUCUUUGGAAAAAGCAAACGAAUAACCACAAGACAAACACUUGUCUUGACAACCAGUCACAGCCCCCCUUAUAUUUCUCAUUCCUUGAGCUGUUCUGUAACCAAACACCUGAGAUUUCCAAACACCAUUUUGCCAAUUUCUUUACCAGCGUAGAGACUUUGCUUGGCUGCAGACUUUUUUAAAAAAAAAAAAAAAACAAAAAAACAACAAAAAAAAAAGCUCAAAAUGCUUUUCCAGACGUUAUGGUUCUGGAUCAGUCUGUCUCCGAAAACAAAAGGCAAAAAAGAAAAGGCUGAACAAAAAGUCAUCAUCAACAUUUCCAAUUAUGUAGCCAACCGUUGCUAUACAAGAGUCUUUAAAUGCAGAAUGUUUAUUUGCAGUCAUCAGGGCGAAGGAAUAAAAAGCACCUUGAAAUACGUGUAGUGGCGGUAGCUGAUUGGAAACAUCUGGGAAGUCAAGUGCCGUUACUUCACGAGUGUGGAUGCUCACCCAGUUAACACACGUUUCGCCGUCUUGUGCCCCUGAUACAUCAGUGUGUUUGGAUUAUAAAACUUCCAUACAAAAUUGGAUUAUGUAUUAUGGAAUAUGGAUUAUAAACCUUCCAUAGGGAACAGACUCAGACUAUGACUGAGCAGCAACAGCAGGAUGACGCCGUUUGUGCUGUUAAACUGCUGCCCGUACCCUGUCGUGUCAUCCAUCCGUUCAUUCUCAAACAUUCAACACGUACGCGGUGGUCGACUGGAAGACGAUGCGCGUUUCGGAGACGGCGUCAUGUGCAAAUAUCACUUCUCGUUGUGAAAUACGGACAUCUACGCCGCGUGUGGGAGAACGAUCCGUGUUAAAGGUGUCCGGUGGAAAUGGAGGGCGGAAUUCGUAGUGGGGGGUGAGGGUUACUGCAGAUCUUGACGGGUUAGGAGACAGUGGAGAAAGAGUGUGAGAAGAACGCAGAGUCACUGAAGGGAUCUUGUCUGCUGUUGUGGGGAUGUGAUGGGGACAUUCAGGAAGUUGGGUCUUGUGUUGAAAAGGCGUGACAAUCAUUAGUAGUGCCGAGUUCUGCUCCCUCCAGCAUUUCUAAAUAGAGGAGCUGCAAAAAUACCUGCCUUAGAAGACAAAAAACCGAGAAGAGCAUUUAAAGCAGGGUGGUCAGCUCACGUCCCAGAAGGCCGCGGUGCAGCAUGACUUAGAAAGCAUAUUAAUUAGUGCCUCAUUUAUACGAGGGGAAUUACUGCUCCAGUAACUGCCUGCAGAGUAAGGAAGAGAGGAAAAAAACUGCAAAAAUAUAAUGGCUGCAAAUUAUCACAGAGAUGCCAGACUGACUAGUAUUUCUCCUUUAUUCCAUUACACUAGUUGACUUGGACACGUAGUAAAUUUUCCAACAGGCAAAAACGAAUAUAGUAUUGUUGUCAUGGAAACGCAUUUGAGACUAAAUGCGCUUAUCUUCGACAGACCAAGCUGUUGCUUUUACUUCAGCGCACCAUCGUUUUUACACUUCUGUGAUCCGUGAAAUCUGAUUGCUGGCAGGAAUGCAAAGAAGAGUUUAGCUGAACAAAUGAACAACAAAGCAUUAACGUUAUUUUCUAACACGUUCUCUUUGUUGUGUCUUUUUAUUUAUUUCUAAAUCGUGCAGUGAUUUACAAUAAGGUGUGCUGGUGAUGUUGAAGCAGUGGAAGGUAAUGUGAACUAACGUACACUGAUGGAAUGUGAAACCGCAAUUGCUGGGACAGUUCGGAACAUGACACGAUACGCGAAUGUUACUUCUACCAUUAGGCGGAGUGGAGCUGGGGGGGUGAUUGACGAUACCGUACACUGCUAGUAAGGUUCGGGUUAGCUGUAGGAACCGUUAUGGUGUGUUCGCCGUGAGCAGGACAACAUGCUGUCUAAAGUAAAGAGAUAUUUAUGGGCAGAAAAGAGGUGGAAACGUUGAGCGUAACAUUUCCAUUUAUGAAAAGGAUCUUCUCUGUACACCAUCUUCUUUAACCGCAUUGCAUUGCAGCUGGGAUCAAUUUUAAUGCUCUUUAAUUAGAAAUAAUAGAAAAACGUCACACUCUGAACUUGCACCGUCUUGCCAGUGUUGCAUGAGCACAACUACUUCACUCUUCGCUUGAGUUAUUCUUCUGUUUUCGUGUCGGUCGGUCGGUCGGACGGAUGUAUGUAUGUAUACCGUAGCGAAUCGACGUAAAACGGCAGUGGGUUUAAUUCUGACAGGAAAUGUGCGGGAAAAUUAAAUUGGAAAAAGGCAUUUCCGAGCAGAUCUUUCAACUGAAAAUUUCCGUAAAGAACACGAAACAAACGUGUCCCCUCAACGUGGCUCGGGCCCCGGACUCAGGGGUUCUGGCUGCGUUGAGCCAGCGGAGGCAGUACGCUAUUCACGGGGGGCGUUGGCGUGCCGAGCGACAGCUCUCGGCCUUUUCGCACCUGUGAAGACGAACCCAUGUGACUGUGGCUUUCAAAGCCUUCUUCCUCUGGCCACUCGUAACGCUCAGGAGGGACGUUUUCGAGGAGGCAACGGGCUCCGCGGCUUCGCAAAGAGCGGCAAAGUGUUCGUUCCCAUGUCUGAAGACAGACGUAAUUGCUUGCAGAUGCAUUUGCCUUGAUACAUAUACUUGACUUCUUACAAGAAAUCCUUUGCAUUUUCAAUGAACAAUGUAUGUAUUUUGGAAACCUCUCUUGAUGUUAACAUUUCUGGAUAGAUUGCAAAAAGUAGAAGUGGUUUUCCCCAGAAAGAGCUUUGCAAUGAUUUUUGUAUGUAUAUAUUUGAAGGCCAUCAUUUACAGAAUAGUAUAUUAGGUGUUUUUAAAUAUUAUAUUGCAAUAUCAAAGCUUUUUCUUAAAAAGGGCCUGUUGUUAAAGUAUAAACAAAGCUGGGAGUUUUUUCAAUGUUUUACAAUCUGAGGGUAUAUCCUACAGAAAAUAUUUAUGG